AUGGCAUCCUCGAAGGUUCCUCGGGUUCAGUGUUUUCAGCUUGUAGAAGGGAUGCAACUUCAGAUUAAUAUUUCUGGAUGGUUGCAUGGGCGCAAUGUGAGAGUUGAACUUCAAAUCAAGAACUGUACAAGGACUUGGAUUCUUCACUGGGGUUUCAUUUAUCGUGGAAAUGCUAACUGGUUUGUUCCUACAUAUCAAGCUUCAGGAGCAAAGAAAGGUGCAUUGCAGACACCAUUUACAAAGAGUGGAGAUUUAUACGUGGUCAAUAUUGAGUUACGGGACCCUAAGAUUCAUGCCAUUGAAUUUGUGUUGAAAGAUGGGGGUCAUGAUAGAUGGUUGAAAUUGAACAAUGGGAAUUUCCGAGUUGAGCUACCUGAACAUGAUGAAAGUACUAUUUAUCCACCAGUAUCAAAGGAUUUGCUAGCAAGCAAGGCAUAUCCAAUCUGGGAAAAUAAGGGCAGACCAAUAAAUUCGCCACAGAAACAAAAGUUUGUGCAGAAAAACUGUGAUGAUGCCUUGAGAAAGCUCCAAAGUCAGUUUUCAAAAGGAAGUUCUUUGGAUGAUUUAAAAAAUAGUUGUACUAAUGCAAGUAUCAACACAUCAAUUGAUACUAGAGUGCAAUGUAGAAGUGGAAUGCCAUCUGCUUAUCAAAGAAGGCAUGAUGUGGAGCGGUGGUUGCACAGGCCUUCAUUUGGCCAUGCCAGAAGCGCCAAUAUGCCAUUUUCAUCUUUAAUGGAUCUUGUAGACAUAACUGUUGUAGUCAUUGUUCUUACUAAAGUCAUUAAUUGUGACUAUCACAUAUUUGUUGGUACAAGCAUAAAAGGAACUGUAGUUCUUCACUGGGGUGUAUCAAAGUUGUCUUCUGGGGAAUGGUUGGCCCCAGCACCAGAAAUGUUGCCUGGAAAAUCAAAACUCGUUGCUGGUGCUUGUCAGACUUAUUUUUCAGAGAUGUCCACUAGGAAGGGAUUCUUUCAGGUUGAUAGAAAUGGCAAAGGAAUUGCCAAAUAUUUACUUGAUGAAAUAUCCCGGAGAGAAAAGGAGGCUGAGAGGUCACUGAUGCACAGGUUCAACAUUGCAACAGAGUUGACAGAACGCUCUAAGGUCGAGGGGGAGUUGGGCCUUAUAGGCAUAUUGGUUUGGUUAAGGUUCAUGGCUUGCAGGCAUCUCACUUGGAACAAGAAUUACAAUGUGAAACCUCGUGAAAUUAGUGAAGCUCAGGAUAGGUUCACCAAUUUAUUACAGAGAAUAUAUCUGAACCAGCCUAAUGAUAGAGAGAUUGUGAGAUUAAUAUUGUCAUGUGUUGGUCGUGGAGGUCAAGGUGACGUUGGGCAGAGAAUUCGUGAUGAAAUACUUCUGGUUCAGAGGAAUAACGACUGCAAGACUGGUAUGAUGGAAGAAUGGCACCAAAAGUUGCACAACAAUACGAGCCCUGAUGAUGUAAUAAUUUGUGAGAAGUCUGUUCUACCCUGUGAUGUUUCUGAGGCACUUUUAAAUUAUGUAAGAUGUGGUUUUAGGAUUGAUGUUUAUUGGCAAACAUUAAAGGCAAAUGGUCUCACAAAGAAGAAGCUUGCAAGUUAUGACCGUCCAAUUGUGUCAGAACCACAUUUCCCGACUGAUGCUCGAGAGGGUCUUACCCGUGACCUUACUAUGUAUUUGAAAACAUUAAAGGCUGUUCACUCAGGUGCUGACCUUGAAUCUGCUAUUGAAGCUCUUUUGGGUUCCUCUUCCAAGGGUCGCAGCCUCACAAGUUCAGACAGAGGUAUUUAUGUCAGUGGUUUGCCACAAAAGUUGCAGGACUCUUUGAAUUUUGUCAGAGCACAUGUUGCUGACGAGAAUAUUGACCAUGUUUCAGAAGUUACUGGAAUCUCGCAUAGAGCUUCAUCCUUUUCUGCUCACAUCUCAUGGAGGAGAAAAGAUUUACUCUUCCCUGAUCUUGCUUUGACCUCAGCAGUCAGAACAACCAUGGAAAAGGGACUCAAAGACCUCAGCUUUGCCCAUCUCCCGGAUAUCAUGUUCUACAUUGCCUUGGUGCUCGAAAAUUUAUGUCUAUCAUCAGUCAACAAUGAAGACCUCGUUUAUGGCACAAAGUACUGCAUCUGUGAAUCAUACAAGCCCAUUGAUGGUCUGUGGGCAUUACAAGCAAAGGCUGGCCUUGAUCGAUUGCAAUUAGUACUUGCUGAUAGGUCUCAGAUAUACCAUGAUAAAAUACAGCCCAGUGUGCAAUAUCUCGGGAAUUUGCUGGGUAUUGAAAAGUGGGUGAGAGACAUUUUCACGGAGGAGUUAAUUAGGAUGGGGUCAGCAGCACUUCUGUCAACACUCAUCAAUCGUUUAGAUCCCAUUCCCAGAAAAUUUGCAAAUUUAGGCUGUGGUGGGUAUGGGUAUGACACUGUUGGUGCAAAAUCUUGCAAUAUCAAAUUCUUACGAGAAAGGGUGCCAUCAUGGAUUAAGAUUCCGAUUUCAGUUGCCCUCCCAUUUGGAACUUUCGAGACUGUUUUAUCAGAAGAUGUUAACAAGUUAGAAGCAAAGAAUCUUUGGCAGGUUUGGUAUGAGGCUCACACCUUGACCCUUAUAGUGUUCCCAUACCUCACCCAACCAGUUGCCUGUUAUAACGUGGCAUCAACAUCCUUUGCUGGAGAUAUAGCAAAAAGGAUGUCAAGCUUUUACAAAUCUGCUUUGGGUGGCGACCUUGCUAAACUGCAAGCAAUGCGAGAUGCUGUUCAACAAAUCAGAGCGCCUUUGUCUUUGAUUUAUGAACUUAAAAGCAAAAUGAGAAGUUCAAGAAUAUCCUGGCCUGGUGAUGAAAGUGAGGAAAGGAAAGCCAACCUGAAUCAUGAGAAUUUGUGCAUGGCUGUAUUGAUUCAAGAAGUCAUUUGUGGUGAUUAUGCUUUUGUAAUUCACACAAAGAAUCCCUUGUCAGGGGAUACCUCAGAGAUAUAUGCAGAGAUUGUGAAGGGCUUGGGAGAGACUUUGGUGGGUGCACAUCCAGGACGAGCUAUGAGCUUCCUUGCCAAAAAAAGCAAUUUGAAGUUUCCUAUUGUAAGGCUAUAUCCUCUUUAUGUGCCUUCACUAGAUGCCUCCCUUUCCCUGGAUAAGAAGGCUAGUAAGAAUGUAGGCCUAUAUAGCAAGCCUUCCAUAAUAUUCAGGUCGGACUCAAAUGGUGAAGAUCUGGAAGGAUAUGCUGGUGCUGGGCUUUAUGACAGGAACAUGCAAAUACUUGUUUUGCAUGUUCUUUCCUCCAUUGUUGCUAAUCGAUACAAUACUCAUCGUACUCGUUGCAGUGUGCUCAUGGAUGAAGAGGAGAAGCUUGUCUUAGACUACUCCAGUGAUCGGAUUAUAGUUGAUAAAGCUUUCCAAACUUCACUCUUCUCAAAAAUUGUUGAGGCAGGAAAAGUCAUAGAAAACCUUUACGGUUGCUUCCAGGAUAUUGAAGGAGUGGUAAAAGAUGGAGCAAUAUAUGUGGUUCAGGCAAGACCACAAAUCUAA